AUGAAUAGAACCGCCAAGCGUAGAGAUACUGAACUUGCAAAAAACAGUCCAACUUCAAAAGUGAGAAGAAAGAUGCGCCGAAAAAAGAAAAUCAAAGAAAUCAAAGAAAGUACUGAAGUUGAAAUCCAGAAACCAUCUCAAUUAGAAUUAGAAGAGAUUCAAACAUAUCAAGAUGAACCGUCACCUUGGGAACGAAAAGAAUAUUUGAAAUGUGGGUUAUAUUCUAUUGAUCUUAAACUAAACGAUCUCCAAAAAAAUUCAAAGGGCAAAGAUAAAGUGAAAGCCUCGGCGGAAAUGUUUCCGCUCCCUACGCAAUAUGGUCAAUUUCUCAUAACAGAUCAGCGAGAUUUCUGUAUUCCUUGGGAUAUAAUGACUGCUCAUAAACAAGGGUUGCUACAAAAAGGAUUUAAAAAGAUUAAAACUAAUGAUGAUCCAAUCGUUUGCAAUUGCAAGCCAUGUGGUGAAGGUGAAAUUGGUUGCACCGAAGAAUGUUUUAAUAGGGUAAUGUUUUACGAAUGCUCUCCAAAACAUUGUCCUUGUGGUGAGCAAUGCUCUAAUCAAAGGUUCCAGAGGAAAGAAUCAGUUAAAAAAGUACAGGUGUUUAAGACUAAAAACAGGGGAUUUGGACUUCGCACACUCGUUAAAAUUAAAAAAGAUAAAUUGAUUUUAGAAUAUCGAGGUGAGGUGAUUUCUAAAUGUACGGCCAGAAAGAGGAUGGAAACAAAAUAUCUGCAUAGAAAGAGCGUGUACUUCCUUGAAUAUGACAAAGGCGAAGUUGUUGAUGGUGCUAUGUGUGGAACGCUAGCUAGAUUUAUCAAUCAUAGCUGUGCACCAAAUUGUCACAUUGAAAAAUGGAGAGCGCCAAAUGGAGAACAUUUUAUUGGCGUAUUUGCUUCAUAUGAUAUAGCACCAGGGGCUGAGUUAACUUACGAUUAUAACUUCUCCACAUUCGGUGGUGCUCAAGAGCAAGAAUGUUUUUGUGGAUCACCUAACUGUCGCGGUUUGAUAGGUGGAAAACAUCGAUCAACAAGUAUAAAUGCGCGUGAAUAA